AUGUCUUCACUAAUUGUCGACGAGCGCUUUCCACCAAUCAACAGUUCCACUAAACGCGACGUGACCACCGACGAAAGAACCACUGCAAUCGACUUCGUCAACCGCCACAAUUUCGUGUUCGAGGAAUUCAAUCAUUCAAAGAUGAUGGGAACUUUUCUUCCGGAUGCUGUCAUCUACCACAGCCAUGGCACUAUCCGUGGUUUUGAGCAGAUGAAGCUUUUCCUUGAGAACUUUUAUGAAUUCUUCAUUCCAGGAGUCUGCCGCAGCGCCACAAACCAUGUUGUCGACCGUGAUGGGGAGGGAGGGGUCAUGGUCCGAUAUCAGGAAUGCCUCAUCAGGUAUGGUUGGAAGGGUGAUGAUGUGGCAGCUGUUAGUGGUGCAGACGUUGUCAGAGAUGACGGUCUGCCAUCGACAUGGUGGCUUGGGACUAUAAUUGAUAGGCUGAGGAUGACUGCUGAUGGCUGGAAGAUUUUUGAGAGAUACCUUGGUAGCCCUUUUCGAAAUGGGAGUCUGGACCCGAUGAAUACGCAGUAA